AUGGCUGCUGCAAUCUUUUCAACAGUUUUAAUCAUUGUUCUACUCUUAUUUAUCUUCCAUUUCAAUUUAGUUUCGACUCAGUUAAUUUGUUGGAGAUGUGAUCCAUGUCCCGAGCCUCAUGAUAAUACAUCAUCAUUAGUCUCAGCUGUUACUUGUACAUCAUCACAAACUAUUUGUGUGAAAAAUACAGUUCGUGUACUCAAUCGAGCUGCUCAAAUCUCUAAAGGAUGUGUAUCAAGUUGUACACCAAGUUCUUCAAAUUUUUUUGGUCAAGGUGCUUUUGUUGAUUGUUGUAAUACAAAUUAUUGUAAUUCAUCUACACGAAAUCAAUUAUCAUUAAUGAUUUAUAUAUUUUUUAUGAUCGUAGUUUCUUUUGUUUUUUUAUCAUCAUCAAUAAUUGGAUUUAUAUCUUAA